ACGUUGCGCAGUGGUUAGACUCCAACCAUAGGCUUCCGAGACAGGUUGGAAAAAAAGUGCAAGGAACUGUAUUGAAGGAAACACGAAAGCACUGUGGCCUUGGACAUUGUAGACGUAGAGUGAGGAAUUUUUCAGUAGCUGGGUAAAACUCUUCAGGUUAUCUGCACAGAUGCCAUGCAGUGUCCCGUGUAAACUGCUACAGGGAUAGUCUUGCCAAAUCUACCACUUCAAAGGCUCCUUUAAAACUGUCUGGGGACGAGGGGAGAAAGAUAGGCAGAAGAAUGGAUAUCAUGCCACUUCUCCUAUUACUCUCUGUGUGUGGGCCAACUGGGGCCUCCAUGGUUGACUUGGACUAUGGAGGUGUACCACUCUGGAUCAACCGAUUUUUAGGAGAGCCAAGUGUGUUGACCUUGAAAGAUCGAAUGGACCCUGGAUGGUUUCGAGCAGUUAAUACGCAAAGUUGUCCCUUGGACUGCGACUGCCCGAUCCAGUGGCCCUCAGCCAUCUACUGUGACAACAGGGGUCUUGAUCAGCUUCCCGUUGGCCUUCCACACCGCACACAAUACCUUUUCCUCCAAGGUAAUAACAUCACUUCCCUCAGCUCCAGAGCAUUUGCCAAUGCCACCAACUUGCGCUGGUUGCUCUUGGAUCACAACCAGCUACUGAGUGAGCAACUUGAUAAUGCGCUGUUCUCCAAUCUGACCUUCUUGGUAAAUCUCUUCAUUAACAAUAAUAACCUGACAGAGGUGCCAGUCGGACUUCCCAGGGGUCUCAAACAACUGCGACUUGCAUAUAAUCACAUUGAGAAGAUUUCUCCGGGUGUUUUCCAAAAUCUGGAGAGUUUAACGUUACUUCUAUUGCAAGGCAAUCGUCUGAAGACUAUUGAAGAGGGUGACUUCAAAGGUUUUGUAGCCCUCUACUUACUUGAUCUCAGUCACAACUUCCUGGAAACUUUCCCCAAACAUCUGCCCUCAUCUAUCCAGCAGCUUUACCUUUCAAACAACUCUUUGACUGGCCUAACUGAGAACAGUCUUCAGAGUUUUAAUGGACUCCAUUAUCUACGGCUUGGACACAACAAAUUGGCGAAUGAAGGGCUGCACCCUGAAGCUUUUAACCUCACAUCUCUGGUAGAGCUGGACCUUUCGUAUAACCAGCUGACCGAAAUCCCAACAGUUCCCACUACCCUUCAGUACCUUUAUCUGGAGGUAAACCAUAUCCAAGAGUUCAACGUGAGCAGUUUCUGCAGGGCAGUGGGACCCACAUCAUAUUCGCGUUUGAAGGUACUAAGGCUAGAUGGUAAUAAGAUGGAGUAUCACAAGCUGCCUCCUGAUUGGGUGUUCUGUCUACGAGUCCUUCAUAACAUUUAUAUUUGAUCUAAUUAACCAGCUCAAAGUUUUUAUGCCUUUUUACAUGCUUUGAGAUAUAAGCAUGCAAUAGUAUGCAAAACAAACAGUAUAUACAUUUAGAUUGCAUUAGAUGCAAUGGUAUGCAAUGGUAUGCAAUAUUAAAGUGAUGUUUUGAUGUUUUGAUGUUUUGAACAGGCAUGUUGUAAAUGGUCUUAUACUGUUUAUGUACUAUUGCUCUGUAUGGCAGCCAUAUUUGGUUUUUUACAUACUGCACAAUGCAAGUCUCAGUUAUUGCCAUGUAGUCUUUUUUAACACAUUGUAUUUAAGAAUCUAAGGAUAAAAUUAUACCUAGGCUGUAGAUAUGGGGCUCUUUGUCACCCAAGUGGCUGGAAGCUGGAUUGGUCUGAGAUAAAAAUGUUGUUCCAUACCUAUGACACCUCUAUGUAACAUUACAACAGCUUUUUCUGUAAUGCUUGUCUUAAAUUGUAACUUCUAAAUUUCCAAUUAAAAUAAAAAGUUUAUUAAUAUUAAGUUAUAAUACUGACAGUGUUAGUGAUCAGUAGUCUCCUCAGUACCAGUAUAUUUCAACUUGAAUUUAAAUAUUAUUAAAACUUUGUACAUUGUAAAAUUAAGUAUGUCAUAACAUUAGAAAUCUGCUGUUCAUGGUUUGGCAAUUAUAUUUCUUUGUGCAAUUACAUAAAGCAAUCUGUAAUGAAGGAAAUGUGUUAUUCGCAAUAAAAGUUCC